CACUGGACUCUGCACAGAUUGACACGUUUCCUGUCCACUCGACCAAUCACAGCGCAGCGUCACAGCCGGAGUCACCAUUUACGUCCUCAUACGAAACCUCCGCGUGUCAAGGAAACUUCAGAUCAACUUUUGUUUUGUUAGCGGAGCCACACAAACAUGUGUCCGGACGGCUGGACGUGAUACUGGGACUAUAACCUGUGUGUGUGUGUGUGUGUGAGAGUGUGGGUCCGUGGGUGUGAGACCCUGCUGUGUGUUUGUGCGUGUGUGUGUGUGUGUGACAGCUCUAAUGUUUGGAGCAUGCCACGCAGGCAGCUGAUCUCCACGGAGCUGAGAAAACCUCCCCUUCAAAACACAAGAGGCGUCUCUUCAACUUUACUCGUCCUCCAGAGGAACUUCCUGUUGUGAAGAGUUCUCCUGAUGAUGAUGAAGGUGAGGAGAUACAUGAGGGACAGUGGGAGGGUCCUCGCCUUCGUGUUCGUCGCCUCUGUCAUCUGGCUCCUGUUCGACAUGGCUGCGCUGCGCAUUUCCUUCAACGACGCCAGCAGCCUGCUGCUGAAGGAGAGGAUGAUGAAGGAGAGGAGGGUCUCCAGACUGCAGGCCACUACCACCCAGCCGAUGAAGAGGAGGUUCAGACACCCGGUGCAGAAGGUGCACCCUGCUGUCACACACCCGGGGAGAGGCUCUCUCAGCCCGGGCAUCGUCCUGGCACAGGUGUACAGACGUGGAGGAGGGAGGCAGGAGCAGCUGAUGAAGGGGAAAUCUGUGGAUAAUCAGCCCAAGGAAGGUGUGUUUAAAACUGUGGCUCCUAGACAUGAGGGAGGAGCUGUCACACCAAAGCAUGGCGCUCCCGCAGAGAAGAAGGCUGUCAACUUGGAUCUGACUGAGGCAAAGAAAAGCAGUGUGGUAGAUGCUCCUAAUAAAGUGGGGUUACCUGCUGAAGGGUCUGAUAAGAUCCAGGUGCCACCAGGUGGAGAGAAAACCAAACAACUUGCUCCUCUGCCGCCCUCAAAGAAAGAAGCCGGAGCCAUUGUGGAGAAACCAGACUCAAAAAAAGCCCAGGAUAAACUGGCCAAGCCCGAGGAGGCGCGCCCGGCUGAGACAACACCCAAACCUGUCAGCAAGGAAAAGAAGCAGAAAGAGCAGGUGAAUGGUAAGAAGGAUGUGGCCCCAACAAAGCAGCCGCAUAAACCUGUGGUGGAGCACCAGGCAGGAGAGGGUUCAAAGGUCACCAGAAAACCAGGAGGUGUCCACAAAGUGCUCUCUCUGGAUGUGACUCUCUCUCCCAGAGACGCCAAAGCUGUGGGACAGUUCGGUCAGGCUGUGCUGGUCGGCAGCAACGAAGACUCAGAGGUGAGGAGGAGAUGGGAUGAAGGUCAUUUCAAUGUCUACCUGAGCGACCAGAUCCCGGUGGACCGCGCCAUCCCGGACACCAGGCCCGAGAUGUGUGCGGGCAGUCUGGUCCACGACGACUUGCCCUCCACCAGCGUGAUCUUCUGUUUCGUGGACGAGGUGUGGUCGACGCUCCUGCGCUCGGUGCACAGUGUGCUCAACAGAUCUCCAGAGCACCUGCUCAAAGAGAUCAUCCUGGUGGAUGAUUUCAGCACCAGAGAUUAUCUGAAGGAGCCUCUGGACAAGUACAUGUCCCAGUUUCCCAAAGUGCGAAUCAUUCGCCUGAAGGAGCGUCAGGGUCUGAUCAGAGCCAGGCUCGCUGGGGCUGCUGUCGCCGAAGGUGAGGUCCUGACUUUCCUCGACUCCCACGUCGAGUGUAACGUGGGCUGGCUGGAGCCGCUCCUGGAGAGAGUGUAUCAGGAUCGCCGGAAGGUUCCCUGUCCAGUUAUCGAGGUCAUCAGCGACAAGGACAUGAGUUAUUUGCUGGUUGACAACUUCCAAAGAGGUAUUUUCAAAUGGCCUCUGGUGUUUGGCUGGAGCGCCAUACCAGAGGAGUACAUCAAGAAGAACAACAUGACCAUAUCAGACCCCAUCAGGUGUCCAGUUAUGGCUGGAGGCCUUUUCUCCAUCGACAAAAAAUACUUCUAUGAGCUCGGUGCCUAUGACCCAGGCCUGGAUGUUUGGGGUGGGGAGAACAUGGAGAUUUCCUUCAAGAUCUGGAUGUGCGGAGGGGAAAUCGAGAUUAUCCCCUGCUCUCGAGUGGGACACAUUUUCCGAGGGCAGAACCCGUACAAAUUCCCCAAAGACAGGCAGAAGACAGUGGAGCGCAACCUAGCGAGGGUGGUGGAGGUGUGGCUGGACGGAUAUAAGGACCUCUUCUACGGCCACGGCUACCACCACCUGCUGGACAAGAAGAUCACCAACAUCGGCAACCUCACCGAGCAGAUCGAGCUGAGGAAGAAACUGAAAUGCAAGAGUUUCAAGUGGUACCUGGACAACGUGUAUCCAGACAUGGUGGCUCCUUUAGUCAAAGCUGAAGGCAUGGUUUUCAACCUCGGCUUAAGAAAAUGUCUCACUCUGCAGAAGAGCUCCCUGUCCUUCGAGAUAUGUGAUCUCAGUAAACAGGGUCAGCACUUUAAUUACACCUGGAUGAGGCACAUUCGCCAGCAGGACCUGUGCAUCGCUCCGCAAGGCAAAGGCAAGGAUAGCAGCUUCGCUUUAGCAUCAUGUGACAACACCAAGCGUGAGCUACGCUGGUUCCAUCAAUCCACCAACUCAGCUCUGGCGGAGCACCUCAUAUCAGAGUUCGUGUCCCACCACAUGUGCCUGGAGGCGGGGCCGCAGGGUGACUCUGUUUACCUCAACCCAUGUGUGCCUACCAACGCCUUCCAAAAGUGGCAGUUCACACACUACCACCACAUUCAGUGACGAGACUGACCCCGAUCUUCUUUUAAAGCGUUGAACAAGCACAACAGAGACGUUCAGUGGCCUGACUCUACAGAACGGUUUGUGGUCUGACCUCAAAACACAGGACCGCCGGCAGGAAGCUGGAGACGCUUCCAUGGCAGUGACGUGUGGUGUAGAGCAAACGGUGUGGGGGGGUUGUGCAAUGUUUCUAAUUUCCUUUUUAUUCAUCAGCGUGGACUGAUCUCGAGUUUAUACAUUUAUAGGCCAGAGAAAAGAGAGAAUGUUUUUCUGGUUAUGGAGGUUUGCACAGGAAGUUUCAAAUUUUUUACAAAAACAUUCUUUACACUGGUAUGUGGGGGAAAUUAUUACUUUUGUUUGGUUUUUUCAAAACUGGGCUACAGAUGAGAGUUCAUUCCAACUUAUAAUUUCUUUUAUACAAAAUUAUUUCACUAUACCAAAGAUUUAAAAAAAGAUGGAACAGUGCCUCAUAGAUUGUAUUAAUGUUCCCACUUGAGGAGCCAAGUAAAAUAAGGAAUUAAAAUGCAUGUAAAGUACAAUUUAUUUGUUUGUAUAAAACGUGUCACAUCUAUUCAGGUGUGUUUUGUAUUAUGAGGCUCUCGGGUGGAAUGGCUGCUUCUCUGGUUUUUAUUGUUGUGUCAUUUAGCUGUAGAUUUUGUUUGUUGUCUGUUGUAUGAUUUUUUUUUUGACACUAGGGGGAAGUGUUAGAUCGUUACACCAUACAAACCUGUGCUGUGAUUUCCUGAUUAUCACACUGUUAACCACAAACUGUUCGAAAUGCAUUUUCUUGAGAAAGUAAAACAGAUGAUUAAGAUUGA